AUGGGAACCGAUUGUACAUCUUUCCACAAUGUUGCACAAAAGGGAUGGGAUCAUUUAUCUAAUGAGGCGCAAGAUAUACGAAAUGUAUUUGAGAAGUUCACAACUGAAGAGCGUGAGAAAAACAGAUUGAGAUUGACGGCUUUUAUUUAUUGCGUCCGUUGGUGUGCCUUUCAAGCAGUUGCAUUUAGAGGCCACAACGAAAAGUCCGAUUCCAUUAACAGAGGGAAUUUUCUUGAAAUGUUGGAGGCAUUUAGUGAGUUUAGCAUCGAGCUUAAAGAGUUAUUUUGUCAUGCUCCCAGAUAUGCAUCAUAUACAUCACCGUCGAUUCAAAAGGAAAUUUUGAAUCUUAUAUCAAAUAAGAACCUUUUUUUUGGACUUGUUCAUGUACGUGACACUACGGCACAAAUGCUCAAGGAUGGAAUCUAUUCUUUGUUGUCACAUUACAAUCUUGAUGUCAAGUCUAUUCGUGGACAAAGGUAUGAUGGUGCAAGCAAUAUGCGAGGUCAAUUCAAAGGUUUGCAAGCCUUGAUUUUAGAAGAUUGUAAAUACGCAUAUUAUGUUCACUGUCUUGCUCAUCGGUUGCAAUUGGCAUUAAUGGCCGUCUCUCAAGGAGUUGUAGCACUACGUAAGUUUUUUACAACGUUGUCUUUUGUUGUCAAUGUUGUUAGUGCUUCUUCCAAACGCACUGACCAACUACGAGAUGCACAAGUCGAGGAAAUUGCAUACUUGAUUUCUGUUGAUGAAUUAGAGACCGGUAGAGGUCUCAAUCAAAUUGGUACAUUACAACGAGCCGGAGAUACUAAAUGGAGUUCUCAUCUCAGAUCGGAAGGAACUGGGCCAAUCAAAGGAGAUGCAGAUUUGGCAUAUGAGGCUAUGACGACAUUUGAGUUCAUAUUUAUCUUGCAUCUCGAAAGAGAAAUAAUGGAGAUCACUGAUAUACUUUGUCAAGCUUUACAAAGGAAAGAUCAAGAUAUUUUUAACUCAUUGAGGUUAGUUGCAUCUACCAAAUUGUUAUUGCAACUAAUGAAAGAUGAAAGCUCGGAUGCUUUGCUUUGCUUUGUUAAGUCAUUUUGUCAGCUUGGCAUGUCCAAAGCUACCCUCUCUAAUUUCGGAUCAAUUGGCAAUGGUGAACCUGCACGAAACGAUCUUGGCAUAAACAGUAAAAACUUUGCCGAGUCCCCGGCAACGGCGCCAAAAAUUUGA